UCAUUCAGCGGGACUGUCGCGGCGUUUGAAACAUUUGCAGCAGCACAAAAAAGGCUAACGCAAUUUUACAACUAAUUUCCCGUUUAUAGAGUGAACUGAAAUGAUCGAUAUGAUCGAGAAGGAGGACCCGGUCAUCAGCGAGGAGGAGGCGGCGCAGUACGACCGACAGAUCCGAUUGUGGGGGCUCGAUGCCCAGAAGAGGUUGCGAGGGUCCCGUGUGCUCCUGGCAGGUUUAGGUGGUCUGGGGGCAGAAGUGGCCAAGAACUUGAUCCUGGCUGGAGUUAAAGCACUCACUCUGCUGGAUCAUGAACAGGUGUCGGUGGAGUCAUGCCGAGCUCAGUUCCUGGUUCCGGUGACGGCUCAGGGUCAGAAUCGAGCCCGUGCCUCUCUGGAGCGAGCGCAGAACCUCAACCCGAUGGUGGAGGUGCAUGCUGACUCAGACCGAAUCGAAGACAAACCAGAUGACUUCUUUCUGCAAUUCGAUGCGGUGUGUCUGACGGGCUGCUCCAGAGACCUGAUGGUGCGAGUAGACCAGCUUUGUUCUCAGCGCAACAUCAAGGUCUUCUGUGGGGACGUCUAUGGCUAUUACGGUUACAUGUUCUGCAACCUUGGGCAGGAGCACCACUACGUUGAGGAGAAACCUAAACUGGUGAAACCGACUGGAAAUUCUAACGACGGUCCUGAAGCAAAGAAAGCCAAAGUCGACCCCAACGAGACCACCAUGGUGAAAAAGACGGCCACUUUCUGCACUCUGAAGGAGGCACUGGAGGUUGACUGGACUAGCGAGAAGGCCAAAGCCGGUCUGAAGCGAACACCAGUGGACUACUUCCUACUUCACGUUAUGUUGAAGUUUCGUACAGACAAAGGUCGCGACCCCGACCCACAAUCCUUUACAGAAGACCAUCAGCUCCUGAAACAGAUCCGCGAUGACGUCCUUGAGGCCUUGGCAGUAAGCAGUGACCUCCUGAAUGAUGACUUCACGAGCUACUGCUUCUCUGAGAUGUCUCCAGUGUGCGCCGUCCUGGGAGGAGUUUUGGGACAGGAAGUUGUCAAGGCUCUCUCCCAAAGAGACCCUCCACACCGGAACUUCUUCUUCUUCGAUGGCCGUAAAGGCAACGGCGUGGUCGACUUCUUCGGACCAAACUAAACGCGUCACACUUGUGCACAGGACAGUUUUACACACAAAUACAAGUUCAGCAAACUUCUGUAUCUGUGUUAGUUUGUUCCGUCAGACUAUUUAUGUCAUAAAAUUAAUUUGGUCUCAAGUACACUGUUUUUUAGUUUUUUUAUACAUUUCCUAAUAAAACACUCGUUUGUAAAAGA